UAUUGGGUUGAGUAUUAAGCCCUCACCAAACACAGAACAAAAAAGAAAAAACUGGAAUGCAAAUUGCAAUAUAUAAAUAGCUAAAACAUAGAAUCGCAAUCUCACUAUAAAUACAAAAGCCUUUUUUAAGUAGGAGAAGAAGAAGCAGCAGUAGCCCACCAGCCUUCUACCUUAUUCUUACCCCACCCUUCCCUUCUCUCUGAUUUGGGUCUUUCUUUCUUUCUUUUUUAUCAGUUUGCUUUUUGUUUUCGUUUCCUAAUUCUCUUCUAAAUUUCUCUUUAUCUGUGCUGUUUUACUUUUUUCUAUAUUCUUUUCAAGAUUGACAUCCCUUCUCUUCUCUUUUAUCCAUCAUAUUUAUCUUUACCUUAACUUCGCAUAUCCUUAUCUCACCCCUUCACUCCAAAAACCAUUCCCAUUCCUUUUUCUUCUUCUUCCUUUCUCUUAACAUCCAUUUCUUGUUUCUUUUUGGAACUAGUUUCAUCUUUUACUUUUCUCUACUGCAAGAAAAGGAGCUGAGAUGGCAGAUUGCAACAGAAAUGAAGACUUUUAUGCUUCUCAAGACCUUGAGGCGGCGUCCAUGACAAAGAAAUACGACGGACUCAAACCAAAGAAGAAGCCCUUGAUUUCAAAGGACCAUGAACGUGCUUUCUUUGAUUCAGCAGACUGGGCAUUAUGCAAGCAAGGAGCUGGCGUGAAUCAAAAAUCAACUGUGGCUGUAGAAACUUUGCGCCCAAAAUUACAGAGAACACCUCACCAGCAGCUCCCUCCAAGGAGACCGGCUUGCACAUCUGGUACUCAUGAUUGUUGAUUGCAUUAGUAUUAAGCCCAGUGUUUUGAUGUGUUGAAAACUGUUUCAUGAAAUUGUACACAAGUGUAGUUGGCCUUUGAAGCUUCAUGGGCUUUCAAUAAAAAGGAGCUUUCAUUAUUUGUUGCUA